AUGAGUUUGGGUGCGCGCGCCACCAAGGGUGGUGCAAAGGGGAAGGAGGGAAAGCAACAGGACAAAGGCAAGGGAACAGACAAGCAACAGCCCAAGGAAAAAGCCAAGCCACAGGCGACUACAGAACAGCUUCGCAUGGCUAACAUAGUGGACCGGAAAGGUGAAGAUGCAGAUGUUCGCAGAAUGGUCACACAGCUGAUGGAGAUGACAUUUAGAUCUGAGGAGGAAGUUUGCUCGGCCCUGCACGACAUGGACAAUGACAUGGACGCCGCUUGCAACCUUCUGAUUGAGGAGAGUCCCAGGAUACAGAGCGAAUGGCAGACAAACGAGAAAAAAAAGAAAAAGCCACCAGCUCCAGCUGGGAAUGGAGAAGUGGAGUCAGGUAAAGAGGCACGGGAGCCCAGAGACCCAAGGGAUCCACGAGCGCGUUCGGGACCGAGACCGCGUCGAGGCGAGGGUGAAGGCCUCCGCGGUAGAGGCUCUGGUCGCGGACGAGGUGGAGGCCGGGGUGGUCGUGGCGGCCGUGGUGGGAGACGUGGGGGCGGCGGUCGACCCGGCAGAGACAGGAACGACCACUCGUGGAAUCCGACUGACAACGGUGGCAACAUGGGUGAUUCUUUCCCUGCUACGGAGGAUUGGGACAAUGAGGAAUGGUCAGGCUCUCUAUCAGACACCAAGGUGUUCACCCCGAGUUCGUUGGCACAGAAUGCAGCUGACGGCGAUGCGGCGCCCGCGCAGGUUCCACCCUCUGAGGACUGGGAAGUGCCAGAGACAAAUGGGCCAACAGAGGGACACAUCCCCACUUACACUUACCACAAUACACAACAACAUCACUCUAACAUCGAGCAACAAAUGGUGUCCGGUCCGUCAGUAACGUCUGGUCCAGGCGUCGGCAACUUGGCAGCAGCCCCAGCCGUGGCAACUGAGCCGAUCGACAACUAUCACCAUCAUCAGCCCAUGGGCAUGUCAGGAUCGCUGAGCGCUGCGCAAUCUCAAUACCUGUCGCAGCUGACGCACCAAGCGCAAAGGCACGAUAAUAGUGUUUACGCUAGCAACUACGGUGUGUACGGUUCCGCGGAGAUGAGCAGCCAGAGAAAGCCCCAGCGGGCGAGGGUGCCUCCUCCAUCUAAGAUUCCGUCGUCAGCCGUGGAAAUGCCUGGCGGUGGCGAAAGUGGAGGUGGCAUAUUCCUCGAUGUUCAAUUUGGUGCUUUGGAACCGGACGCCAUUGACACGCCACAGCACACUCCACACGCGCCGCAAGUCCAACAGGUCGCGCAACAGGUGCAACAGGUCGCUCAACAAGUGCCACAAUCGCACACCCCGCCGCAGCCCACUCAGCAGCAAAACGUGCAGCCCAUGCAGAACGCGCAAUCCGCCCAACAGCCCCACACGCCGCAAACUGCUCGACCUAAGCAGUACGCGACGCAGGUGGCACAGCAAGUCGCGGAUCCGCAAGUCGUUGCGACGAGUCACGAGACUGUCGCGGAAACGCCCGCGGCCUCUUACCCCAAUUCCAACAUGCUAAACGAGAGUCUAAACGCAGUGGAAUCAAGUACGACCAACCAACAACCUGCCACGUUAGAACCUGCCGCUUCCAAUGCAAGCUCAAUAGAUAAGUUAUCUGCGUCACUUGCGGCGGUCGUGUCCGACACGAGCACGAGUAGCGCUGCUCAAUCGGCCAUGCACCACCACCAGCAUUACGCCCACCACAACCACAGGACGAAGCAACCGGCGACCGGUGCAGCGACAGUCUACCCGAGCGGUGGAGUGUCUCACCAUCCGCCCCUAUACGGUUCUGCGUUAUACGCGCCACAGGUGAAUUCAAGUUCUGCGGCGUCGUUAGCCGGUGCGGUGGCCGGCGCAGGUGUUGCAGGAGGGGUGGGGGCUUCGCAUGCGGCGCCACUUAACCCUGCGCAGUAUCCUUCUAGCGUAACGUUAACCACCUAUCAACCUAUCAUCAAUUCGUACCAGCAAACGUCAUCGUCAGCGGGGGUAUAUGGUGGUAGCGCGUUAUAUACGGCAGCGCCGUACACGCCCUAUCAGCCCUCUCAACUACCACAGCCCAAACACAAAGAACAGUCACAGUAUGACAACUCGGUAGCGUCGAGUAACAGUUUAACGAAUGCGUCCACAACACAACAAACGUCCACAGCUAAAGUGGUCACGACCACAGCGAGUGCAGCAGUGAACAGCGGGGUAUCGUCAACUUCCGGUAGCAGUGCGGCAAGCGCUGGUGGCGCGGGCAGCGCGGGCUACGCUGGAGGCGCCCUCUACGGUGGUGCAUACUACGAUGAGCAACUAUGCAGAGGCACUUUACCACAUCAUAUGGGUGGCUACUACGAAGUCGGUUACGGUGGUCGGGACGGUAGUACGUUUGGUUUAGGAGCUGCAGAAAGGUUUCCAAGAACCGAUGCUGCUUCACCACAACAGGUGCCUGCCGCAUUACCACCAGGUUACGCGUACUUCUAUCAGCAUCCGCCUACCACAUACCAAUAUGGAGUCUACCCUACGUAUGGCGGUGGAUCUAAUGUGGGCGGAGUUGGUGGCGUAGGCGGAGUUGGCGGUGUGGGCGUGUCUACUGGAGGAAAAGUAUCAGCCUAUUCACAGCAACAACAGCCGCCUUACGACGCGCAAGACACGUACAAACCCGGCGGUCCUUACACCGGCAACGCAAAUAAGAGUGCGGCCGGCGCAAGCGCAGAUCUCACUAACGCGAUGUACGGAAAGGCGCACGUCGCGCUCAACAAGGUUAAUAGCUAUGAAAAGGCCGGAUUCCACAGCGGUACUCCACCACCGUUUGGUGCUGCCUCGCACUUGUACAUCCCCGCGCCGCCGCACCACCACCCACACCACCAUCCACAACAUCAGAUGGAUGUACGGGUGAACAGUAGUCAUAAUAGGCGGCAAAAUGGUCGAUUAAAGACAAACUGUAAUAUAAUGAUUUCUGUAGGAGAGUGGUGCCGGGGGACGGGCAGCAGGCGGGAAGGCUGGAGGCAGCAAGCCCACGUAUUCGCAGUCCUACUGGGCGCCCAACUAGACCACGUUAUGCGGCAUGCAACGGUCGUUCGACACAUGUACAUAGGGCGCUAG